AUGAGUACGCACGAAAAUAUCUACACCACGCUGCAAACAGAGGCAAUGCAAUUCUACUCACACUUUUAUAUCAGCUGGGUUUUAUACACCUGGGUUUGCAGUGCUCAUCUAUCACAAUUACCGGAACACGCCGCAGAGGCAGAGACCAUUGAGAAUCGAGGUGUGAUGGCAAAAACGAUACGGCGUAAUGGAUUUCCCGUGUCCAUGUACUCAAGGUAUUUGAAUAUCCGAAAUUACGUGCCACUGCAAAAAUUGACAGAAGGAACCACUCCAUCAUACCCACUAUCAGAAUAUCGAUGA